UCGUCGUCGUCGUUGCUUGUCGGUGAUCGCUCGAACGUUGAACGUUUGUCGUUGUGUUUGCCUGUUGCGCUCUAGCGGUUUUUUGUCUACGCAUUUUACGGUAUAAUAUUUUGAGUGACUGUUAAGUUUUCUUUUUGAUAUAAUCGCGCAAAUUAUAAAUAAAAACAGAUUGAUAAUUUGAAACCGACAACCAAUUAAAACAGAAAAAACAGCAAACAAAACCCACAAACUACAAAAUGUAUGUGCCAUUAUAGAUAAAAAGCAGGAAAUUCGUUAUUGGAGCAGCAGUAUCAUAGUCACUAAGUCACGCCUGGAGCCAGUACCAUUGAUGCAUAAUAUAUGGACUUGAGCCAAAUGAAAUAUACAACACAUAUGCUAUUAUCUUGAGAGCAGCAUUCGAGACGCAGUCACUUUGAGCACCAACUUAAAACCUAAGGAAACCUAAAAGCACACUUCAUACACACACACACACACAGAAUAUGGGCAAAGAUUAUUAUAAGACUUUAGGCAUAGCCAAAACUGCCACCGACGAUGAGAUUAAGAAGGCCUACAGAAAACUGGCGCUACGUUACCAUCCGGACAAGAAUAAAGCCGCAAAUGCUGAGGAGAAAUUCAAAGAGGUCGCCGAAGCGUACGAAGUGCUCUCGGAUAAGAGCAAACGCGAGGUGUACGACAAAUACGGCGAGGAUGGACUGAAGAGUGGCGGCACUCGGAAUGGCGGCGGCAGCAACAAUACAUUUACAUAUCAGUUCCAUGGAGAUCCUCGGGCCACAUUCACACAGUUCUUUGGCAACAGCAAUCCGUUUGCCUCGUUCUUUGACAUGGGCGACAAUUUGUUUGAUAAGAAUGUCUUUGAUUUGGAUACCGAACCCGAUUUCUUCUCAUCGCCAUUUGGUGGUCUCGGCUCUCGGCAUGGCUUAGGCAGCGCCUUCAGGCCCUCUUUCAGAUCACACUCCUUCAAUGUGCACACGCCGUUCAAGAAGGAACAGAAACAGGAUCCACCCGUUGAGCAUGAUCUCUAUGUGACGCUGGAGGAGAUCUAUCAUGGCUGUGUUAAGAAAAUGAAAAUCUCACGUCGUGUCGUCCAUCCCGAUGGUACAUCCAAAAAGGAGGAUAAAGUACUACAGAUAUCGAUCAAACCCGGCUGGAAAUCGGGCACCAAAGUCACGUUCCAAAAGGAGGGCGAUCAGGCGCCUGGCAAAAUACCAGCGGAUAUUGUGUUCAUCAUUCGGGACAAGCCACAUGCCAUGUUCAAGCGAGAGGGCAGCGAUUUGCGCUAUACGGCGAGAUUAACGCUCAAGCAGGCACUGUGCGGCGUUGUCUUCCAAGUUCCUACAAUGUCCGGCGACAAACUGCGGAUCAGCACCAUGCAGGAGAUCAUCAAGCCGAACACUGUGAAACGCAUCCAGGGCUACGGUCUGCCCUUCCCCAAGGAUACCACGCGCAAGGGCGAUCUCCUGGUGGCCUUCGACAUCCAAUUUCCCGAGAAACUAACUGCCGCACAAAAGGAGGUGCUCCGAGACAUGUUAUGAACGUUAUGACGAGGAGAUGACGAUGACCCAGAUGCAGAUGCAACAACGACAGCGACUCACUCACCCAUUACUCAGCUAAACAACAAAACACACUCAGUCUUCAAUGAAUAUUUAGUUAGUCAUACUACUAAAAUCACUACGCUAUUCGUUAUUCACAACUCAUUCGCAAAACUAUUUGAGUAACUGGAUACUGUGUAUUGUAUUGUAACAUAACAUCCAUUGUGUCAUCAUCAUCAUCAACAUCAUUUUGAAAGUUAUUCUUCGAUAAGCAGCAGCAGCAGCAGGCGCAUUUCGUUUUGUGUUCAAAAUUAUUUUGUGCUUAUUUUACAGGAAUUGUAUUGUAUUGUCUAAUUUUGCUCAUUCACCAUCCACUUCUCCACCCCUUACCCAAUCCCUCGCCCCCUGUCCCGCCAUGAAGUUGCAAUAAUACAUAGUUCGUGCAUAUGUUGACCAUAGUUAUUAUAUCGUAUAAUUCUUAAUUUAUUUGUCUAAAUUAAAGCUACGUAUAAUAAAAACACACAACAAACAUUUGUGAAAAAACAAGCGAA